AUGACCAAGCAUGGCGCGUCGGGCAGCUAUCGUCCUCGCAAAUCUCGCAGUCAAACGCCCAUGCCCGGCGAUAAUUCUCCCCGGUCUUCCGAGGACCAUUCUCCCAAUGGGAGUGACGAGGGUGAUCCCCGAUGCCCCCUGUCCGCAGACAUUCUGAGGAAGCGUGUUCCAAAGGGCUUCGAGAGACCUCCUACGCUCCCCGCGUACGAUGGCUUGACCGACCCCGACGAUCACAUAGCCAAUGUGAACGCUAACCUGGAUUUCAGGAACAUUAGCGGUGCCAUUAGGUGCAGACUGUUCCCAACCACGCUGAGGAAGGGAGCAAUGGCAUGGUACCAAAGCCUGCCCCCUCAAUCCAUCCAUUCAUGGAGGGAUCUGACUGAACAGUUUUCCAGACACUUCACUGCUUCCCGCAAACAUCCAAAGACUGUGCACGCCUUGGAGGCCAUAUACCAAGCCGAGGAUGAAACUCUCCGCAAUUUCGUCGAGAGGUUCAAUAAAGAGGCUGUGCAAGUCGAAACAACCGACGAUAUGAAAAAAUACUUGCUGCAGAGGGGCCUUCGCCCGGGCAGCGAUUUUGCUAAAGCUGUGGGCAUAGAAAAACCACCCACCUGGGACGACCUCCUCCUAAAAGCUCAAAAGUACAUCGACUACGAGGAGGUCCAGGCAGCUGAUGUCGCUCGCCUUGCCCGACCUGGAAGCAGCCACCCUGCCCGCGAGUCCACCCACAGGAACGAUGACAGGGGAAGCGACCGGGGACAUGAUAGAGGCGGCGAUCGGGGCGGCGAGAGGGGCAGAGACAGAAGGAGGGGUGAAAGACGAGAGCCUCGUGGUCCUCCAAGCACAUUCGCCACCUACACCCAACUCGUCAAAUCACGGGGAGAGAUAUUCGCUGAGGUUCACAUCUCUGAGUUCGACAGAGCAAAUGUGAAACAACCAAAGCCAACCCCCCUAAAACCCGGCCAAGACAAAAAUAGGUAUUGCAGAUACCACAAGAGUUAUGGUCACAGGACCGACGACUGCAUCCAACUGAAGGAUGCUAUUGAAAUCAUGAUCAGAAACGGACAACUAAGACAGUUCGUGAAAAGAAACAAUGACCCUCGACCCGAAACCGCGGAGACUCGCGCGGUCGAGGAGGUCCCUCCACAGCCAGCCGGGCAGAAAAACGCCAAGCAGAUAGCUAUGAGCGUAUCCCGGCCAGAAGAUUUGGCUAUCCCCAGCGAUUUUGAGGACACCUAUACUGCGGAUGAUGAACAAAGUGUUCCGGGGUGA